CAGGGAGUGCUGAGUCCCUGAGUCAACACACUGCAUUCUUGGAAGGUCUGGAACCCUCUCCAUGGGCUGUACCACCUGCUGACAAACCAGGGGGAUCUGGAGGAGUUGAAUGAGGAUCCUGCUGGGUGUGGGGAAGCUUGCUUUUGCAAGGAAAUGAUUCCGCAUGAAGUGCGACGCACUCGGCCCCCCCGUCGCCCUCGGCGGCAGCAGCAGGUGUGACGUCGUGACUCUCUCCCCUCCAGCACUGAGCUCACCCUCCAGCCGCUAAAGACCUCUGGACCAAACAGUACCACCCUACCCCCUCGCCCCACCCCCACCCCCCCCACCCCCUCCAACCACGCCUCCAUAUCUUCAUCUCCAUCUUUAAUCCCUCCUCACCUGCUUGUUAGGGUCUGGAUUUUCCUUCUUAACGACCUGAUAAACAUAGCUUUGGAGAACUGGAUAGAAAGAGAGUAGAGAUUUGGAAUUCACAGCUUACUACAGCAAGACAAGUGAAAGAUCAUCAGCAGUGAGGAAAAGGAAAUAAAAAGUCAGAGAUAGAAAGGAAAAGGAAUAGAAGGCCAAAAGUUAAGGAACGAUAAGCAGGUACAGUUUAGGGACGUGAGGCGUAGUCAGCAUGAAGUCCAAUCAGGAACGCAGUAAUGAAUGUCUGCCCCCAAAGAAGAGGGAGAUCCCCUCAAGCACAUUACCCUCUGACAUUCGCUCCCCCAUCAUCCCACCUGCCAGUGACAGUCAGCGCACAGAGAACAUGGCCUGGCUGGCCAGUGUGGCUGCUGGGAAUGAGAGUGGUGUGGGCGGACACCGGACCGCCAGUCAGUCAGACAGCCUCCAGUAUAAGUCCCUCUUCUCCACCUCAGACUCUUCAUGCUCGUCAUCCUCACUGAGUCUAGUCUCAUCUCUUCCUACAGUGUAUACAUCCGCCCUGUCUCAGUCAACAGUUGGAGGAACUGUCCAUUACGCCCAACUGCCUCCCAACCUGCAGUUCAUAGCCUCACCCUACACUGCCCCAUACGCGAGCUACAUCUCCCCUCAAUUGCUUCCACCUCCUCCUCCCCCCCUCACCUCCUCUUCAUCCUCCUCCUUGGCCGCGCAGAGACACUCGUACACAGAGACAGUGUCUGCUCCUUCGCACGUCUCCAAACAUGACCAGCAGAGAGCAUCCUCGGCGCGUACAUCCAUGCCUCCGCCUUCGACAGACCUCGCCCCUCACCACGUUCAGAUGUCAACGUCAACACGGACUGUGCCGUCACCUCAUUACCAAGGAGGCGUCCACCUUCCUCUGCACCCCCACCAUACUUUGGGACAUGGGAUGUCCCAGCUUGUGGUGCAGUAUUCGGACGGACCCACAAGGAAAGAGGAAGGUGGCUCGAGACACAGAGAGCUCCACAAUGGAGAGCUGGAAAGGGGUCGGCGGUUUGGAACGUCCCCCGAGUCCCACCUCUCUAAGCCAGGGAGCAAAUCCCGGGAUGCCACAUUGUCUUUGUCCUCCUACGAGGCCCGCCAGCUGGUUCUGCACUCAGACUACGCCACUCACGAUCCCUCAGGGCUGAGAACCUCUUUCAUGCUGAUGCCCAACAGCCAUGGGGACCACCAGCUGGUACAACACAGAGCUGGCAAUGAGAAGCAGACAGCCUCUGCCCCCGCACACCUGGAGAAAGGUGGCAUCAUCCUGGGCAAGCCUGUCAAUCGCACAUCCUCCUCCUCCAACACCUCCUCCUCUUUCACAUUUGCAUCCCCAUUGAGUGUGGACAGCCUGAAAGCUGCUGUCAGCACACUGUCGCCCCAGACCGUCAUCCAGACCACCCACAGCGCCACAGAGUCACUGUCAAUGGGUCUCCCCUCCCCCAGUAUCUACCCUCAGCCACCUAUAAUUGGGUACAUAGCAGGGGGCGCUGGAAGCCAGCAUUCGCCCAUCAGCUAUCACACCAGCCUACAGCAACACUUACUCAUUCCUGGCACCCAACCAGUCAUUAUACCUGUAAGUGGGAGUGGAAUGACCACAUUGGAACCUGUAACAUCAUCUACCCAAGCCGCCUCGUAUCCCACCACACUCCCACACACAUACAUUGCGGCCACUGCCCCCAAAGGAGAAAAUCUAGAGCCCCCCAGCGUCUCGUAUCACCAGACGGCUUCCGGUGCAGUGGUCCAAGCCCAGCUUCAUCUCCCUAUUUUUCCUGCUCCGCCAGGGCUGGUUGCGACUUCUGUUCCUCCUCCCUCAUCCAGUACGGGGGUGCCCCCAUCACUCCCCCCUUAUUUCAUCAAGGGCUCCAUCAUCCAGCUGGCCGAUGGGGAGCUGAAACGCGUGGAGGACCUGAAGACGGAGGACUUUAUCCAGAGCGCUGAGAUCAGCAGCGACCUGAAGAUCGACUCGUCCACAGUGGAGCGUAUUGAAGGGAGCCACGCCUCACCCAACUUCGCUGUGGUUCAGUUCUCUGUUGGGGAGCACCGUUCACAGGUGAGUGUGGAAGUCCUGGUGGAGUACCCCUUCUUCGUCUUCGGCCAAGGCUGGUCUUCAUGCUGCCCAGACCGGACCACGCAGCUUCUGGAGCUGCCUUGCACCAAGCUCUCUGUGGGCGACGUUUGUAUUUCACUCACCCUGAAGAACCUGAGGAACGGAUCCCUGAAGAAAAAUCAGCCCCUGGAGCUGGUGACCCCUGCCUCAGGUCACGGGCACCUCAAACACCCCAGAGCUGUCUCAGACGCUCCCCAGGGCUCCAGGAACAGCGAGCGGGAAAACGGCAUCAGCCAGCGAGGGAGCGGUGCAAGUGGGAAUGGCGGCACCAACGUUGAAAACGGGGAUCUCAUGUUUGGGGAAAGAGGGGCCGUUUCUAAAGGUCAGGUUUCCAGCGGCGCAGAAGCAGGCACCAGCAAGCCAUCAGGAAGCAGGAAGAGGAGAUGGUCUGCUCCUGAAGGUCGGAAAGUAGAAAAAAUGGAGGAGGAGCUGCCUUUGACCCUUCCCAAACCUUCCUUCAUCCCCCAUGAGGUGAAAGUCAGCAUCGAGGGAAGGUCAAAUAUUGGCAAGUGAAGCGCAGGACUGUUCAUUCAUCCAUUGGGAUUAGGAAAAGAAAAACAUAACAGGACUCUACAAGAAAACAUGAAUGCCCACUUUAAUGUUUCAUUUGUCUUGGUUUUAAAGUUUUGUUUUUCCGAUUUUAUUUUUCUAUCUUCAAUACUGUGCUGUAGAGGUAAAUAUACCCUACAUGGUAUCACCUUACGUUAAGUUCAUGUAGUCAAUAACACAUUUUUAAUAGUUGGAUUUGAUAUCACUUGAGCAAUCGCUGUCGUUUUUGAUGGUUUUCAUGAGAUGACUUAUGGUGAGGGGUUUGUGAGGCGUGCGAGAUGUUUAUUGGUGGCUGUGUGGCACAUGAAGCAAAGCUUGAUAGCUGUUUUUGGCUGGCUACUCACUACACAUGAUGUACAUUUCAAAUUGAAAAAGCUCCCGGUUUGUUUCUUGACAGUGAUUUUGUUCCUGUGCACUGCCUGGACAAAAACACCUAAAUGUGAUCCUGAAGAUCCUGAGCUUGAAGGAUUUGUGGGUAAACCAAAACUAUAUUUUUUUCCUAAUCAGAAUGGGAGUUGGAAAACAAUCACUCUCCCAGUGGGCCAGACCGAAGCAGUGAUGUCAUCAGGUGUUGCCAGUGUGCCACACAGAAGAGAGGGAACAAAACUCACUCUGUUCAGUGUGACGACGGUGGAGUCUUUCAUCUUGAGCAUUUUCUUCUUUAGUUUUCAUAAUCCCCUCAUAUUCUAACUCACACGUUUCAAUGAUUGUCAAGAAAAACUUAAUCAGGGGUCAUUAAGUCCUAGAUUUUGAAACUAGGUGGGUCAAUGUUAAUGUAUAAAUGUGAGAUACCCUAUCCUAAAGCAUAGAAGUGUGAACACACUGGGUCACUUCAAAAAAAAUGUUGAGAGGAAGACAAUCCUCAUUGUUUUUGAUGAAUUACUUUAUACUUUUUUAUGGAGAAGAGGCUGUGUGAGAGGGUCUGCACGUCAGCUCUGAGAGGGUCAGGUUGUUUCAAAGCACUUAACACACCUGUCACACUCACCAUACAGCCGACACGUUGUUGUUGUUGUUGUUGUUGUUGUUGUCUCUUUAUUACCGCAGUACUGUAUGUUUUUAAACUUUUUUCUUUAUUAAGACAAGGGUAGAAAGUAGCAACAGCACUUUUGAAAGUUGAACUUUUGGAGAAGUGAAGAGGUGUCUCGGUGGGAGCGGAUGUGCCAUGGGAUCACAAAGAGGAGAUGAUUGUAAUAGGUAUUUGAGAAUGUUUCCAGUUAGUAGACAGUUAGAGAAAAAUAAUGUUGACAAAAGGAAUUAGAAGUAUGAUGGUUCUCAGCAUGUGCACUUGUACAGCCAGCCAGCCAUAUAAAGGUUAGGGGAAAGUAUUGGAAUGUGUUUUGAGAGUUCGAGAUCUGGCAUAGGGAUUAACAAAGAACAGGCUUUUGAAAUAUCCCAUUGAUGUUAUGUACUCGACAGAGCAUCGAGUAGAAGCUCACGCCACAGAAUUUUGAGGGUCUCAUAUAUUUGUAAUGUGUCUGUGCGCGAGUGUGCAUGAGGUUGGGUCUGUGUAUGUCCGUACAAACAAUUACACAAACACAAAGCAGUACACACCAUCCCUUGAAAUCAAUGACCUGUAAAAUGUACUGUAUCGAGACGAAUGCCGAUGCUUUGUGGUCCCUACUGCAAAGACACUAGAUGAAUGGAGUAAUGCACAGUACAGUAGAGAGUGCUCGGUGGUGUGUUUGUGUACCUGUGUCAGUUUGUGUAUGAGUAUGUAUACUGUGUAUAGGAUAACGGUUAUACUCGCUUGAUAUAUAGACAAUGUUAAAUGUCCAGUGUUUCUACUUGGAGUCGUACUUAAUAGAAUCUUGCAAUUUGCACAUCAGGAGGAGGGAGAAGGGGUGGAGACGUGAUGUAGAACCGCCCUGUCCUGAAACGAGCCCUAGACCAUGUGACACACUGGAGGAGACCAGGGUCUUUGUUCUUCAACAGGCACUUCUUGUCACAUUAUAGAGGAAAGUAAACGCAGUUAAGGUCAAAUUACAUUUGAGUUUUUAGUAACAUAACCGUAGCUGUAAAACAGCAUUUUAAACACGUGCCUGCCUACUGAAUUUACUGACUUAAAGAUAUGCCAUUUAUCCAAAGGAAAAUGUUGACUUUUUUGUCCACUUUUCUGCUGUUGAAACCAGGGUGCAGGGACUAGGGUUCAGUUUUGAACAUGGCCUGUGCUUUUUGAAACCCCUAUUUGCAGUAAAAGACGCAGCAGUUACCUCAACAGAUACGCCUGCUUGGUUGUCCCAAAAAUUAUAUUAAAUUAAAUUGGCAAUUAAAAUCCAUCCGUAGGGUCUGGGAUUUAAGGUGGAGGAGAUGUGAAUUCUUGCAGGCAUAUCUGUUGAGCUUUCUACUCAGCCUCUGCAUUCAGGUAUUGGUAUAGAGAAAGGCGUUGGUUGCCUCUGAGAAGCAGAUCAGUCAAAUUUGAAUCCCACUGAUAAUGUUGGUGUAAGUGUGUUGGGCAGCGCUUCAGGUGGUCGGAGUUUACCGAGGUGAUGGCGCGAUGGAUGUGUGCUCAGAUGGAUGAAGAAUGAUCCAGAUGUUAAUGGGGUAGUGAAUGAGUAUACCCCUUAUGGGAUUUGAAAAUGCUUUAUUUUUUUAUAAUAAAACAGGGUUUCACAGAUCAACCCCAACCACAGUACAAUUCACUUCCUUUCCAAUUGAAACAUAAUGAUCAUUACGAGUACAAAUAGAAAUAUAUAUGUAUGAAAUAUGUGUGUGUAUGUUUUGCUCUGUGUGUGGCUGUGUUUUGUAAAUGUCAUACACACAAACAACUUUUCUUUUUUCCAAACCCCUUCCCAUCAAUUGAAAAAGCAGAACCACAACAUAUUAACAAACCUUUCAUCUACUUUUUUUUUUUUGCCAAAGCCAAUUGAUGCUGAAUUUAGUUAUUUUAAAAGCAAUAGUAUGAAUAAUAUUCAGGCAAUUUCCUUGCGUAUGAGUUGAAACACACACACACACACUUGCACACACACAAACAGUCAUUCCGCUCAAAUUCUCGGCAAUAAACAUGAAAUAAUAACCAUCAAACAUCAAACCGAAAAUCCUCCUUAUAGAGAAAAACAUAAUCUUGCCAUAUAUUGUAAAAUGCUUUUAGAAGCCUGAACCUGACCACAGUGUUCUUCACUUAGCACUAUUCCCCUUAUCAUAGGGUACAUUUAGAUCUUAAAUAAUUGCAGUUGCAACACCAGUUGCUAGUUUUUCAGGGAAGUGUCUCAUAUAUGCAGUAACUGACCCCCAAAACCUCACAUGUCCCAGCUGGUACGAGUCAUAAACUCGAGCUGCAGGUGAUCAAAAGUAUGCACCUGAAGUAACCAGCGGAAACCUCGUUGCCACGACUCCCGUAGUGACCUCGUUAACAUUGUUUCAGGUACCCAAUCAUAGCCAGCCAGCCUCACACCUCCUCCUGAGGCGAAGCAAUGGAAUAUUAACCCUCAACAACCGUUAGCUACCUUUCAGUGUGGCCUGGGCUGCCUGUUCCCCUCCUAACAUCAUCUUUUGAUAUUCGGUCUCCUUUUCACCUCUUGCUUAAAAAAAAAAAGGUCAUUGUGUUUAUACUUCAAUGGAAUUAACUUUGAAACAAAGCAAUCUGGAAUGUAGACACAUUCUGAAUGCAGGACACUGAACGGCACAUCACAGCAAGGUUUCCUCAUUUUUCGAGAGUGUGGUAUAGUUUUUUAUUAAGAUAAUCCCAAGUUUGUAUCCCCUUGAAAUGUCCCACGAUGUGCAAUACUUACAUUUAUCCCUCCCUCCCUUCUUUGCUGUGCCAAGUGUAUGUAGCAUAGUCCUAGUCCAGUGUAUCAUCCUUGUUAAUGGCUUGUGUAUUUUACUGUCUCUCGGAUGUGUGCAUCACAUCUGUAAAGUCAGGAUGUUUGUGAAGCGAAAGAAAUCCAACGGCGAGUUUGUCCGUACCUCCCUUUCCCUUUUGUCCUUGCGGCCUUUCUAAAUUUGAGUGUGGGAGAGACUGUGUCGUAUCUCCUUUGUGCGUCCGUGUGUGUGUCUGCACCAUGUGUGUAGUAUGUGUGCUUAUGUUCAUGUGAUGUUCGAAUGUGUUCGGAGGAUGUGUGGGUGUGUGUGUGUGUGUGUGUGUGUGUGUGUGUAACGGAGUGUUUUCUCCUCUAAUUGUCUGUGAGAUCAUAAACCCUGACCCUUGGCGGUUCGAGGUGAGACCCGCAGAAAAAAAAGAAACCUCAUUGCUUAGUGGGGACCACUUUUUGUACAAAAAAACCCCAAAAAAAACAAAAAGGAAAAAAAAAACAACCAACCAACAGAGAUGCACAUGUAAGUAGAUUUAAAAGACUUGAUAAUGUUUCAGCACUUUCUAAUCCUAGGAUGGGCUUGGUCUAACCCCUCUGUCUCAGACCGCUACCUUCCCUAGGGGUAACAUUCAUUCAAAACAGACAGAGACAAUGAGAAAGAUAAAAAGGGGUGAAUAAGGAUGAAAAAGAGAGAUGGUUCAGUUUAAGUUUUUGCACAUCACCUUGCCGUAACCUUGUGUUUGUCUGUCUGUGCUCCAUCUCGCUUGGCGCCCGGCGCGUUCUUGGGUCCAACGGGCCGAGGUGUUAGGUGGUUCCUUGGUUCUUUUCUACUAGGAAAACCUUUUCUCAUGGAAUGCAUCCCUUCUUUUGUUGUGCUCGGGUUUGUUUGAAAUCUUUUGCACCCUACACCGACCAAGCUGUGCUGUUAAUUUGGAUUAGUUCACAUUUUUUAGAUCAAAUUUGGCCUACGUGUUUGAGUUUGGCACAGCCGCGGUUGGUCGUGUGGUGUGAAAACGGUGCGUACAAACCUCAGCAUUGUUUGCAUUAUCUUUGGUGCAGGAGCUUUUUCUGUGUUUUAGUCUCCUUGUAGCACUCAAUAUAAUGUCAGGGGACUUAAAACUAUGUAGAGAAUGUGUCAUUGUUUUUGUUUUUAUGACAAGCUUCCUCACUGGAGGAACACUGCUAAUGUCUUUUUUUUAAUUGGCUUGCACAAUUUUACAAAUAAAUUGAAUGUUGGUGUGUGAGCUUUGACUUUUCGAUCAGAAAAAAGGCAUGUGUGCUCUUGUUUCUUGAUGUUUGUACUUUCAUUUUGCAAAAAGGAUGUGUUUUUGGCACUUUGUUGUGUUUUAAAAGUGAACAGAAUUCGAUCAGGAUUCCUUUUAUUUCUCUUUUUUUUUUUGUAUGACGUCUCGUCAAUGUCCAUAGCGCUGGAUAACCAACUCAGGCAGAAAGAAAAAAAAAUCUAGUAGAGGCCCACUUAACAGUUUAGUUUCACCCCAAUCAAUUUACAUAGUGGGCUGUUUCAUAUGGGUUAUAAGAUAUGUAAAUGUAUUACAUAUAAUUUGAUAUGAUUAACAAAUGUUGUUAAUGACAAUUAACUAUGAAUUAUUAUUAUGAUAUUAUGUGUAUUAUGCUGGAGAUGGCUUGGAUUACUCUUCAGUGUACUGAGCGUCUUUUUUCGGCCUCUCUGUGCAACAAACACUUCAGCAGGGGACAGGCUGUAUGGCUGGUGACCUCUGACCCUGCCCACUUUCUACGAGGGCGGUGGAGCUUAUCUGUCAGCUGUGGCUCCAUUGACCCCCCCCUGUUCUGAACACUCAGCCCUGAGGCUAGCAAACUGUUGUCUAGAUCUUUCUCUGCUAACCGGAGACACCAAGAACUGAACUGAAACUUGUUGGCCCAUAAGACGGUAGCAGAGAACCGGACAUCAGCACAGACCUGCUCGGACAGUCUGGCCUACAAGGAAGGGGGGGCAGGAGUUCCCAGCCUACUUGUUUGUACUAUAUUGUACUCACUAAGUCCCUGUGUCUCACCACCCCUUUCCUCUAUAGCAAUGGAGAAACCCUAUUGGUGUAUGUAUUUGACAUCUGUACAAAUGCACCUCUUUGAAAAAGAAAAAGAAACCUUGACAUAUCUGGAAUAAAUGGGCAUCCUGUGUCUUUAUUUUAAUACUAACAAACAAUGCUAUCAACACUAUUGUGAAUUAGUUUGGCUGAAAUUCAGUAGAACAUAUCCCCCUCUAGUGUUGAUCGGGCUACACAACAUCCAUACUAUCUGCAGCGAUUAAAAUAUUUGUCAGUUAGCUCACAUCAGUUCUAUGUUGCACUUUUAAAACAUGUUCCGGUUUCAAUUGUCUUUUUCUCAAUUGGGGUUUUGCUUAACUGUCUGCAAAUAAAACACGGAAAACAGAAAUGA